CUCUCUCUCCUCUCGGCAUCUUCAUCUCUCUAUUUAAACAAACGGAGAUAUGGUCGUAGGGAAAUUAUAGUUGAAUUAGAAUGUUGAGGCCAAACGCAAAACCAGUGGGAGCUUCAGCCUCUCUCCCUGAUCUCUCUCUCCAAAUCAGCCCUCCGAAUCACUCUGUCGGUGAACGGAUCUCCACGAGCAGUGACUCCGGCAGUACCCUCAGUGACUUAAGCCAUGAAAAUGUCAACAACAACAACACCCUCUUGGGGGUAGGCUUUGAUCAUCAUCGUCAUCAUCAUCAUCAUCAUCAUCAUCAUCAUCAUCAUAAUCGUCACAUAUACCAACCGCAAAUCUAUGGCAGAGAUUUCAAGAGGAGCUCGUCCUCCUCAAGAGCUCCCAUGGUGGGUGUCAAGAGAAGCAUCCGAGCUCCGAGAAUGCGUUGGACUUCCACUCUCCACGCCCACUUUGUCCAUGCCGUCCAGCUUCUCGGCGGCCACGAAAGAGCUACGCCGAAGUCGGUCUUGGAGCUGAUGAAUGUGAAGGAUCUAACCUUAGCUCAUGUCAAGAGCCAUUUACAGAUGUAUAGAACAGUGAAGGGCACUGACAAAGGAUCAUCAGGCGAAGGGAAUGGAGAAAAAGGUUCAGAGCAAAGGAUAGGGCAUAAUAAUAAUAACAAAGUUGAUGCAGAAGCAGACACAACAAAACCCUCGUUUUCUCCCAACGCAUCAUCUCAAGAAAAGACCCAAAGGGCAUAUAGUUGGUCAUCUCCAAUGGAACCAACCGGUGCUAAGGGAGAUGAAGGCGGUGCAGAUCUUCAGCUUAACUUAGAGUUCACGUUGGGGAGGUCGAAUUGGUGGAUGGAUUACGCAGAACCCGGAGACGAUCUGACCCUUCUCAGAUGCUAACUUGACGAAAUUUACGACUCCGGGCGGCCGGCCGGUUUAUAUUAUCAUUUAACAUGUUUUAACUUUGUUUAAUCAUGUGAACUUUGGAAGAAACCGCAUAACGUAAUGACGAUAUGAACCUCUUCCAUGGGAGUUUUGGAAUGUAUUAACAAUGUGAGAACCGAGUUGAUCAAGUAGCCAAUGCUAAGAGAUUGAUGUAGAAUUUUUGAUGUUUUGUAUCUAUAAUUAUAUGAAAUGUACUCGA